AUGAAACCAUUGUGCCCCUUUUGGGUAAAUAAGGUAGAUGCACUGGAUGUUGAUUCGCCAUCUGCGCUAACGCUGUCGGAUAUACUGUACUGUAAUGUGCAGGACCAGGAUGAGGUUUGGUCCCACGUCUUGUUGGCAAGUUAUAUGAUAGACAUAAAUUGGAUUUUUCGAGUUGUGCCGUCCCUAUUGCAUAUCAAGGAGGAACUUUUAAUCGUUUCAGGUGAAAAAGGAUAUGCCAAGAAGUUUGCAUCAUCAUCAUCAGUCUAUGCAGGCAUGAAAAACGGUAGGGUCAAGGUUGUGGAACCCAAUUUGCCUAUUCCUUUUGGGGUCCAUCACAGUAAAUUUGCUUUGUGUGUGAAUGCUAAGGGCAUACGUGUAGCAGUUUUUACUGCUAAUCUAAUACCUGACGAUUGGACAAAAAAGAGUCAGGGAAUUUACGUACAAGACUUCCCGAGAAUUCGGUAUACAUCUGAGAAAGAUAUGGUAAAUUUCUUGCCAGGGCCCUCAAAGGAUACACGGGGAUGUAGAUUCAAGAAUGAGCUAUAUAAGUACUUGGAUCACUAUAAUGUGUUGUUCAGUGCAAGUGAUCAUGGUGGGAUCCCAAACACGCUUUUGGACCAAUUUGAUUUUGCUGAAGCUAGUGUCGAGCUCAUUGCUUCGGUUCCAGGGUACCAUCGUGGUCCUGAUGCAGGUUCUUUUGGGUUGGGUAAAAUUAAAAAGAUACUACAAAGUAUGAAUUUUGUACCACACCAGAAUAAUCAGCCACCUAUUUUGACAUGGCAGUUUAGCUCACAAGGAAAACUAACUGAUUCUUUCUUGACUGCAUUUGAAGAUGCGAUGAUAACUGAAGCCACCACUGAGAACCAGUUAAAGCAGUCUCGUCCCGUGGUUCAAGUGGUGUAUCCAACGGAAAAUGAAGUAAAAGAUAGUAUAGAAGGUUGGUGUGGGGGCCUUUCUUUACCUUUACAAUUGCAUUGCUGUCAUCCCUGCAUUAAUGAACGCCUACACAAAUGGGGACAACUUGCAAAGAAUUCUUGUUCAACGGGAACCUCACGAAGUCGGGUGUUGCCGCAUUUAAAAACGUAUAUGCGCCUAACCGAAAGGAAAGACGGACUAAAGUGGUUUAUGCUAACAAGCGCAAAUUUGUCUCGCGCAGCUUGGGGCGAAUGGCAAAAAAAUGGAACACAACUGGCCAUUCGCUCAUACGAGCUUGGUGUUGUGUACGACAGCAGCUCGUUUAUGAAACUUUCAGAAAAAGGUCUUUUUACAACAACUCCUUCUAAACCAGUACCCUUUCCAUCAUUCAUAGAAGGGGAUGGCUUGGUGGAAGUGUAUAUCGAGGGAGGGAAAAAUAAGGAAAUUCAAGAAGGACCUGCUUUGUUCCUGACAUAUGAUCCUCUGAAUCCAGACCCGUACGCAAGCACUAUUCAGAUGCGAGAGCGAGGUGCUGACUUUAAGAAUCAUCCUCUUUCCUCCCAUGAUAUUCCAUGGGUCGUUGACAUCCCACAUUUUGGAAGGGAUGCAUUGGGGAAAGAGAUACACGAGGCCAUAGGUGGUGAUGACACACAUGACAGAGUGGUGGAUGAUAAUUCGGACCGGAAGAAAACCAAAACUGCAGCUCAUUGGAGAAAGCGCGAUCGUCAGAAGUGA